GUAAAUAGUGUUGUUGGGUUUUUUUUUUUCUCUUUUAUCAGAUCACCCAGAAGACACAAUGAGUGUUAAAGCUUUCAAGCUCGUUUCUGCUGUUGAGCGGGAGAUGUUAAUGGGAGACAAAAAUUACAUCAACAUUGAAUGCAUUGAGUGUUGCGGGAAGAACCUCUAUAUUGGAACCAAUGACUGCUUUAUCUAUCACUUUCUGUUGGAUGAAAAGAUCUCAACAUCUGGAAAAAUAACUUUUGCUGCCACCAAGCAACUGCACAAAUACCUGGGCUUGAAGAAGCCUGUGAGUGAGUUGAAAGCAGCCUCUGCCCUCACCAGGCUUCUUGUGCUUUGCGACAGCACAAUAACACUAGUUAACAUGAUGAACUUGGAACCUGUCCCCACUGGUGCUAGAAUCAAAGGAGCUGUGACAUUUGCAUUAAAUGAAAACCCUGUGAGUGGGGACCCUUUCUGUGUCGAAGUCUGCAUUAUCUCGGUCAAGCGGCGGACCAUUCAAAUGUUCAUGGUGUUUGAAGACAGAGUCCAGAUAGUGAAGGAAGUGUUUACUCCAGAGCAACCCUGUGCUGUGGCUGUAGAUGGUUAUUACUUAUGUCUUGCACUUACUACACAGUAUAUAAUUUUGAAUUAUAAUACUGGCGUCUCCCAGGAUCUAUUUCCUUAUUGCAGUGAUGAGAAACGGCCAAUUGUGAAAAGGAUAGGCAGACAAGAGUUUCUAUUGGCUGGCCCCGGAGGUCUAGGCAUGUUUGCAACUGUAGACGGCAUUUCACAGCGCGCCCCCGUGCACUGGUCAGAGAACGUGAUUGGAGCAGCUUUGUGCUUUCCUUACGUGGUUGCUCUCGAUGAUGAGUUCAUUACAGUGCACAGCAUGCUGGACCAGCAGCAAAAGCAAACACUGCCUUUUAAAGAAGGUCACAUUCUACAGGACUUUGAAGGAAAGGUGAUUGUUGCUACUAGUAAGGGAGUGUAUAUCUUGGUGCCACUACCUUUGGAAAAACAGAUUCAGGAUCUUCUAGCUAGCCACAGAGUGGAAGAAGCCCUUGUUCUAGCGAAAGGAGCUCGAAGGAAUAUUCCAAAAGAGAAAUUUCAGGUAAUGUACAAACGAAUCCUGCAGCAAGCAGGUUUUAUACAGUUUGCACAGCUUCAGUUCCUUGAAGCAAAAGAACUCUUCAGAAGCGGCCAGCUUGAUGUCCGGGAGCUGAUCUCUCUCUACCCCUUCCUGUUGCCUACUUCCUCUUCAUUUAUACGGUCUCAUCCCCCUCUUCAUGAGUACGCGGACCUAAACCAGCUGACCCAAGGGGACCAGGAGAAGAUGACAAAAUGCAAACGAUUCCUCAUGAGUUACUUGAAUGAAGUCCGCAGCACUGAGGUUGCAAAUGGCUACAAGGAAGAUAUUGACACAGCUUUACUCAAGCUAUAUGCAGAGGCAAAUCACGAAAGCCUGCUGGAUCUGCUAGUUUCAGAGAACUUUUGCCUUUUAACAGAUAGUGCUGCCUGGCUGGAAAAACACAAAAAGUAUUUUGCCCUUGGUCUCCUGUAUCACUACAAUGGUCAGGAUGCUGCAGCACUUCAGUUAUGGGUGAAAAUAGUUGAUGGAGACAUUCAAGAUUCUACACGUUCAGAUCUCUAUGAAUAUAUAGUAGACUUCCUUACAUUCUGCUCAGACCACGAUCUGGUGUGGAAAUACUCCGAAUGGGUUUUACAAAAAGAUGAAGAGGUUGGCGUACAGAUUUUCACUAAAAGGCCUUUGGAAGAACAGGAGAAAAACAGCAUUAAUCCAGAUGAUAUCAUCAGUUGCCUUAACAAAUAUCCUAAAGCACGUGUUAAAUAUCUAGAACAUCUAGUAUUGGAAAGAAAAAUAGAGAAAGAGAAGUACCAUACUCAUCUAGCUGUCUUGUACUUGGAGGCAAUACUUCAGCUAAAAUCUGUGACCACCGAUAAUUGUACAGAAAGAACUGAGCUACUGUUCAAACUACGCAGUCUUCUUCAGAAAUCUGAUCUUUAUAGAAUUCACUUUAUUUUGGACAAAAUCCAGGGCACGGACCUUCAUAUGGAAAGUGCAAUUUUAUAUGGAAAAUUGGAAGAGCAUGAGAAGGCUUUGCAUAUCCUUGUCAACGAGUUAAAGGAUUUCCAUGCUGCUGAAGAAUACUGUAUGUGGAACUCUAAGAACAGAGAGAUGCAGUACAGGCGGAGGCUUUUCCAUAUGCUGCUGUCAGUGUAUCUAAAUCCAGGCACUUUGGAUUGUGCGCUCGUCACGGCUGCUGUGGAUCUCUUGAAUAACCACGCUGCUGAAUUUGAUGCGGCCCUAGUUUUGCAGCUGGUGCCUGACAGCUGGUCAGUGCAGCUCCUCUCCCCAUUCCUGGCUGGAGCAGUGAGACAAAGCAUUCAUACAAAGAGAAUGACUCAGACAGCACUCGGGUUAGCACAAGCUGAAAACUUAAUCUACAAAUACGAGAAGGUUAAACAAAAAGGAAUCCCAAUUCUUCUUUCGGACAAAAAGGUCUGUCAGGUGUGCCAAAAUCCUUUCUGCGAGCCUGUAUUUGUAAGAUACCCAAAUGGGGGUAUGGUCCACACACACUGUGCUGCAAACAGACAUCUGAAUUCAAACAUGACUCAUCACUCUUCUGGCUCCAGCAAUCAGACUUGAAAUAUGUUCCGGUCCCACAGGUUGCCAUGACUUGUAUCCUGUUGGAAGUGGGCUGGAAAAAAGAACGACGUGCAGCUACUUUAGGUAUAAAUCAAGAUGAACAGCUACUCUUUGGGUUAAUGGGAAGACUUCCAGUAAAUAUGAAAUAUCACCACUUACCUUUUGGAUUUCUAAUGAAUGUAGACAGAAAAGGAAAUUCACUACCAGAAAUGGAAACGUGCAAAUAGAGGCUCUUCUGUAUAUAGUAAUAAACAGUUAAAGAAAUCGAGCCUUUCUUCACAGUAAGGAUGAAUGUUAUGGAGACAAGGCAAACAGUUAUUUUAAGAAAUGUCACUUUGCACUGGAUGUUGGUGUUGAUAAAUUUGUAGAGGUGGAGAUGGCAUCUACGGGAGUUGGAAUUCUUGGAACAUUAUGUGACGAGACUGGCAUCAUGCAGCUUACUAUCAAGACAAAAAUGUGCAUCGGUUGUAAUGUUUGCUGCAGCAUGUCCUUUUUUGAUCUGGAUUCUCUUCCCCAGGAUCACAUUAUGAACUUGAUUUUUGCUCUACAAAUUGUUGGCUUUUGAUGCACUUUUUAGUACUUCUCCCCCCCCCAAGAAUUUAAAUGUAAGCACUGGUCUGUUAGGUUUCUACUCCUACAGUUACUGUAAUAAACUGAGUGGAAACUGUUUGCCUCAGUCACACAGCUGUGCUUGGAAUUAAAAAAGCAAAGUCAGAUUGUCUAGUCAGACUGUGUUCACUUUCAUAUGGGGGAAGAGACCUUAACUUUAAUAUUGAUUUAUUUAUUAAUAUGCAAAUAUACUGUACAUACAAUUGAAUAAAUUGACCUUAUAUCAUUCUAGAGUUUCUUUGGAGGGUGAAGAUGAGGCUGAUACAUAAGUGUACAGGCUAUGUGCUAGAUGUUUGCUGUAACAUAACUUAGGCAGAUUGGAACUCCAGGAGAAUAGGUUUUAGUACUCAUGGAUGACUUUGUGCAAUCAAAAGUCACAGAAGGAAGGUAUAAUUGGGAAGAAAUCUACAAAGGUGCACUACAGGAGUACUGGUUUUGUUAUAUUCUGCAAAACAUUCUGUAAACAAAGGUUUUUCAAAUAACAAAAACCCUUUACUUAGCUGCCCUGGUAAGUAUUCACAUUGCUAUUUAACCAUUUUUAAAGCAAUCUAUUUAAAAGAAGCAGCUUCCCCCAAGAGGUGUUCAAAAAUAAUGACUUUAAAUAAAAGUUAAGUAUUUCAAAGUCAAAGCAUUUAUUUCAAUUCUGUUAAAGCUCUAAUAAAUACCAAGCUUACUGGCCAGCGUGCAAUGGAGUUGGUGGUGUGGCUGCUCACUGUUUCAGUGUUCGCGAUCAGAGUGGAGACUUUCAGCAAAAUGGGAUAUCUGCACCGUGUCUUCCAGACGUGGUCUCGGCAGAGCUGUUCUGUUAGGGGAAGGCUGGCUUAUGAAACAGCCUUGUAAGCGCAGUGCUGCCUCCAGGAAGGGGCAGCCAGGCUACAUCCAGGGGAAGAAAAAUAUCCAUGUCUUUGUCUUUGAAGUAAACGACCUUUGGAUCGUUCUCUUUCCUGAGUUUGAAAAAUUGGAAAAGUAGAGCUGUGUUGGGUUUUAAAAAAAAAAAAAAUAAUAAAAUCCAAGUAAGGUAUUCCGUAGCACUUUCUGCUAAGAGACGUAAGCCACGUUUAGUGAAAGGCACCUUCAAGAAAGACAAAUGUGGGCGUUUCUGACUUAAUUCUGGCAUGAAUGAUUCUCCUGUGUGGCACUGGUAUGAGCAGAUUCUUUUGUAUUCAUGGUUUUCAAACGCUGUGUAUACAACUGGCAAUGAUGACACAGACAAAUUUGUAGUCCCCUGUCCUCCUUGCCAAUAGAGAGGGAGUGAGUUUACAAAGCUCUGAUAAGCCUUUUGUGUACGGUAGCACAUGAUUCGUAAGAAAUUCUUUUGCUGCAAGCAUCCUCAGUGUGCUUUGUUCCUAUAUAAUAAGGAGGUACUAAAACAAGUACCACUCUCCACGAUUAAGGCUAAUUCUAGCCACUAGGUACUGAUGAACUUAGUCUUGUCGACUUGUGUCGCAAUGCAGUAGAGAUUGUAUCAUUCCAGACCACGGGGAAGUUCUUAGUUGUUACUGCAUGAAAAGGUAUGGCUGUAAAAGAUUAAACAAUUCUUUAUUAAUAUGUGGUAUUUUUUCAGAUUUGUACUUUGGCUAAAAUGCAGCAGUAACAAUAAUUGUGCAUACAGGACAAAUACAGAAAUUGGAAUAAUGCAAGGUAGCAUAUUUACAAUCAUAGAUGACCAAAAGGCUGAUUAAUAUUUAAGUUGGGGGAUCUAAUUUUUAGCCUCCAAAAAUGUGGGCUGGAAAAAUACUGACAUUUGAUUCAUGCAUUGUUACCUGUUUCUUUGCUAAAUUUUAUACUAGAACUCCUUUGGAUGAAUUAAUAUGGAAGUCCCAUGGUAACAAAAAAAAAAAAAAGCAAAAAAAAAAAAAAAAAACCAAACCAGUGUGAGGCUGAGGUAGAGCCAGGAGCUCAGCAGGGAGGUGGCAGGUGGAGGAUGCUCUUCCAGUGUGCCUGCAGCGUGUGAGCAAUUGGGAUAAUGCUCCGAUAAUGCCAGCGGCAAGUGACAGCCUACGUCACAGUGCUGCGUGGUUUCCUAUACUUUAUCACUGGGAGAUUUAUGAAAGGUCUGCACUCAAAUUCCCUUAGGUUAGGACAACUACACCACCCCUUGGGUAAGAGAACUAAACACUGGAGAGCCUGAGUUCAUCCCUCCUUUUACUUCGGCACUGUUGGUUUGCUCAUCCUUGGUUUGUGUGCCUGGAGUCCUGGGACAGCAUCGCUGCUGGGGUAAAUUCUCUUCUGGUGUGGUUGCAGCAGCAAGGAGGGAAGGAGGGGUAAUGUGGUUAUUAAUUGCUGACUGGGUACAUGAAGCAGGAGAGGCAGGAAAGAGGAAAGUUUCUUUUACCAUCCUUCUAGUUUGGAAAUUAAAUGGGUUCUGGGAGUUUAAGCUUGAUGCAAUCUUUUUCUCCCCAGUUAGGGAAUCUUAGCGUCCUAGACCUGCCCUUGGAGAGAGGAGAUUCUGUCAGAAUAUUUUUUCUUAAUUCAGCUCUUGCUAAAUUAUUUGUGUUUGUAAUUUCUCUCUCACACUUUUUUUUUUCCAAUGAGUCUCCUCCAACUUUGUAUGUGUGAAAACCAAAACAGUAGUGCAUUUUUUUUUUUUUAAAUGUAACCAUGUAUCUACGAUUCAGGACAUAAUAAAUGAGAUUAGUCUCUCACUGAAAUGUUUUUGCAGAUACUGAGGCACAUUUGUUUAACACGUAGCUUCUAAUUACAGAAAUACUGCAGCUCUGGCUUUUAUUUUUUUUAGCCGUCCUCCGCUACAGUCACUGAUAUGUACAAAAAGCACAAACCCCCUUUUCUACUCUUCCAUAUCUCUACUUUUCCUCACGUAAAAAUUACCUAUGAUGUGUAUAUGUCAUCAUAGGCAGUUUUUCCCCCCUCGAAGUCAAAAAGAGAGGAAAAAUACUAAUAAGAAAAAAUUGCCCAGAAUCUGGCACUCUGCCUGAACUAAGAUUAGUGGCUGUACGUUUCCGAGAGAGAAUUCAGUUAGGUCUUCAUUUCUAUGCUUUAAAGGGAUAAGUUAUCACGUCGGUAACAUUACAGGAAUACUGAUCUCAAAGUCUGGAGAAAAUAAGGAAUUGGUUUUUGUUGCACAGAGCGCACCACAGGUCCCUACGAACGGACUUCUUCAGGCAGCCCCUUCUGUAGGGGCUCAGGUGUGCACAGGAGUCUGGGUGACGGUGAGAACUCCUCUCUUUGCCCACCCUGCUCCCAAUCUCCAAAAACUUUCCAGCCUUCAUUACCUGCUUGAUGUCACUCUUCUAGCACGCUUAAUUGACAUGGGUGUCAAUCUUGGGUUCUGGGUGUUCUGGUGGAGUUCUGGUGGAGUGCAUCUGUCUGUGUUUGGUAAAAUGUCACAUCAGCCACGUGAAACUCUUAACAACACCAACUGUGGGAAAGUGUGGGGGAGAGUUGGAGUAUGCCUAUGUUUUCUGAGACCUUUAUCACAUGUUUGACCACACAGGCAUUAUCCUGACUCUGCUGAACAAAAAAAAAAUAAACUGUCUGUUCUCCUAUCCUGAAUGACAUUAAAAAUACUUUAUUUUAUGCAGUUAUAUCAAGAAGUAACCUUUAUUACUCCUCCCCAUUUGCUGCAGUCUCUAUUCAGCGCAGCUCUUGAGUGUUUUAUUAACACCCCGCUGUUUGCAAUAGGCAGCAACUACCACAUUCUCAUUGUGAGCUCUCCCCCUAUUGCCUAUAUUUACUAAUUAAUUUUUCUCUUGCUGUACAACACUUUGGGGCUUAUGCCUUGUGAACACUGAUAAUUAAACGUGCUGCUGCUUUUAAAGGGAAAAGGAGCUAAUGACAUUCUGUAGUGUCUGAUUGAUUACAAUCCUGAAGUCCCCCUGCAGUAAACUUCUUCAGAUGGAAAUCUGUGCUCUUCGCACUCUCUGACUUAAUGGUUAUGUUGGUGAACGUACAUAGCGGUAUG